CUGUGCCAGGAAGAUGGACAGAGCUUCAGCCAGAGCUCCCACCUGAUCCAGCACCAGAUGAUCCAAACUGGGGAUUGGCCCUAUAAGUGUGGGGAAUGUGGCAAGGGCUUCAAGCACAACUCCACACUUGUGACCCACCAGCGCAUCCACACCGGGGAGAGGCCCUACGAGUGCAGGGAAUGCAGGAAGAACUUCAUCCGGAGAUCCCACCUGAUCUGCCACCAGAGGAUCCACACUGGGGAGAGGCCCUAUGAGUGCGGGGAAUGCGGGAAGAGCUUCAGCCAGCGAUCCUACCUGAUCUGCCACCAGAGGAUCCACACUGGGGAGAGGCCCUACCAGUGUGAGCAAUGUGGGAAGAGCUUCAGCCAGCAAUCCUACCUGAUCUGCCACCAGAGGAUCCACACCGGGGUGAGGCCCUACCAGUGUGAGCAAUGUGGGAAGUGCUUCAACCAGAGCUCCAACUUGAUCCGCCACCAGAACAUCCACGCUGAGGAAAGGCCAUACAAGUGUGGGGAAUGUGGCAAGGGCUUCAACCAGAGAAAUAAACUGAUCAUCCACCUAAAGAUCCACACCGGGGAGAGACCUGACAAAUGUCCCGAGGUUUCAGAGAAGCUCCACUGCAGGAUGGGCUUCAAGCACAACUCCACCCUCAUCAUUCACCAGCAUAUCCACACUGGGGAAAUGCCCUACAAGUGUGCGGAAUGCAGGAAGGUCUUCCACCAGAGCUUCCAACUGGUCAUCCACCAAAUGAUCCACACUGGGGAGAGGCCCAACGAGUGUGGGGAAUGUGGAAUGAGCUUCAGCAUAAGGUCCCACCUGAUCUGCCACCUGAGGAUCCAAACCAGGGAAUGGCCCUACACAUGUCCCGCUUGUGGGAAGAGCUUGUCCAGGAGCUCUCACUUGAGCAGACACCAACGGAGACACCAGUAA